AUGGAGGAGUAUUAUUCAAUCGAGAGGGAAAAGCAAGAAGCAGCUCCCAAGCAAGUCAAGAAAAUCAUCGCCAAGUCUGAAGAGAUCGCAAGGAAGAAGAUUCCCGUCCUUGAUGCCUUGGGACGUGCGUACGCAACGGGCAAGAGGAAGACAGCCGUAGCGCGUGUAUUUGUGGCGAAAGGAACUGGGGUGGUAACGAUCAACAAGAAGCGAUUGGUUGACUACUUUCCUCGUGUGACCCUGCGCGACGAGAUCUACUCUCCCAUCCACGUGUGUGGUGGCAGACUGGAAUAUGACGUGUGGUGCACGGUGAAAGGAGGAGGAAAAUCAGCUCAAGCGCAAGCGAUCAAGCUGGGUGUCGCGCGCGCGAUGCAGGUGAGGAGAAUGGCACUCUUCCGCGCCAUGCUCAAGGCGAUUAAGUUGCUGCACCAGGACGAUCGUCGUGUUGAGAGGAAGAAGCCAGGACAGCCCAAGGCACGUAAGAAGUUCCAGUGGGUGAAGAGAUAG